AUUCUUAAACAUCAGAGGGAUAUUCUUAAACAUCAGAGGGACAUUCCUGAGCAUCAGAGGGAAACCCCGGCUGUGGGGUGUGGGAAGGGGGUUGUCCUGGGGGCUGUGAGCAUGGCCCAGGGGUCCAGCCAUGUCCUUCCCGCCCUUCCCAGAUCUAUGGCUCGCCAGGGAUCAAUCCCUAUGAGUGCCUGAGGCAGUCCUGCAGCAUCCUCAUGGCCACCAUGAACAAGAUGGCCACGGCCAUGCAGGAGGGCGAGUACGACGCCGACCGCCCGCAGAACAAGCCCACGCCCCCGGCAGAGCUCCGGGCAGCCGCGCUCCGGGCCGAGAUCACGGACGCCGAGGGGCUGGGGCUGAAGCUGGAGGACAGGGAGACGGUCAUCAAGGAGCUGAAGAAGUCCCUCAAGAUCAAGGGCGAGGAGCUCAGCGAGGCCAACGUGCGGCUUAGCCUUCUGGAGAAGAAGCUGGACAGCGCAUCCAAGGAUGCAGAUGAUCGUGUGGAAAAGAUCCAGACGAAGCUGGAUGAGACCCAGACACUGCUCAAAAAGAAGGAGAAGGAGUUUGAGGAGACCAUGGACGCUCUCCAGGCCGACAUCGACCAGCUGGAGUCGGAGAAGGUGGAGCUGAAGCAGCGGCUGAACAACCAGUCCAAGCGGACGAUCGAGGGGCUCCGGGGGGGCCCGGCCUCGGGCGUCGCCUCCAUCGUGUCCGGCAUCGCCGGCGAGGAACAGCAGCGAGGUGUGGGUGCCGGGCAGGUGCCGGGGGGCGGCUCCGGCCCCGUGCAGGUGAAGGACUCUCCGCUGCUGCUGCAGCAGAUCGACGCCCUGCAGCUCUCCCUGAAGCACCUCAAGAACGAGAACAACAUGCUCAAGGGUGCCCAGAUGAAGAUGGAGCUGGCCAGCCUGGCCCCGCUGCAGGUGCCGCGGGUGGCCCUGCCCCGGGAGCGCCCCGGGGAGGGGCUGCCCACGCAGACCCUGUUCCGCAAGACCACCCAGCUCCUGGAGACCCUGUACCAGCUCAGCGCCAACGCCAAGGUGCUGGACAUGAGGCAGAACAAGUCCACCCGCAGUUCCUCGGCGCGCCUCCUGGAGCAGACAGCUCGGCUCUGCGCCCUCAAGAACACCAUCGAUGCCCUGAAGGAUGACACGCUGAGGGAGAUGGUGCAGCAGCAGCCGGGCGCCGGAGUCAGCACCACCUUCGGCACCUUCCCCUCCUCCUCCUUCCUCAAGGCCAAGCAGGAGCAGGCGCAGGGCCCGGCGCUGUGCGGGCGGGUGUCGUUCCCGUGCCCCCCGGGGCAGGGCCAGGCGCACCGGCUGCUGCUCACCCCGGACCUGCUGCAGCACCUCCGACAACACUUCGUCGCCUGAGAGUCCCCCGGAACGGGAUGAGGGUCCCCUGCGCCCCCCCUCCGCCCCCCGGGGACCCCCCACUGCCUCCCCCGGCCCCACUCGCGGGUGGAGCUCGAGCCGCUUCCCCCGGGGGGAUCCGGGACCCCCCCCUCCUGCUCUCAGACACUACAGACCCCGGGACCCCCCCGGCUGGGGCCGUCCCGGGGGGGCCGGAGCCCCCCGCGCCCCCCUGUGCCCCGGGCCGGGGCUGCGACCCCCCCGCGCUCCUGCUCUCCAAUAAAAUGCCCUGAACCUGAA